AUGUCUCUCUCACAGUCUGCAGUCAUUCGCAUGAUUGCCACUGGCCUGGCUAUACCCUUCAUCGGAUUCGGCAUUAACGCGAUCUUCAACCCUGAUCGUGCUCUAGCCAUCUUCGAGCUCCCGUCUCCACCGGCGGACCGUGUCUUGGUAGACAGUCUGAUGGCGGUGUAUGGGAUUCGCAACAUUUUCAUCGGGUUUGCCGUCUAUGCAGCUUCAUUCUUGGGCACCUCUCGCUCCUUGGGCUGGACGUUGAUCGGUGCUAGCGCCGUGGCAUUUGGAGACGGGGCCAUUUGCUGGACGCAUGGACACGGCCAAUGGGGACACUGGCAGUAUGCGCCCAUGUUCACCUUGCUUGGGAGUGUGAUUCUGGGGGUGUUUGAUGGGCCCUGGGCCUUCUUGAUGGGGAAGAAAUAA